AUGGCCCCUCCUCAAGAAGCUCUCGACUUUGUUGACUUUGUCAAUGAGUCGCCUACCCCUUACCACGCUGUCCGAUCCGCCUCGGCUCGCUUCGAAAAGGCCGGCUUCACCCUCAUCCGCGAGCGUGACUCGUGGGCCUCGACUCUCCGACCCGGCGGCAAGUACUACCUCACCCGCAACGCCUCGACCAUCGUCGCUUUUACCAUCGGCCGCAAAUGGCGCCCCGGUAAUCCCGUCGCCAUCGUUGGCGCCCAUACCGACUCCCCCUGCCUUCGAGUCAAGCCAGUUUCCAAGAAGUCCAACGUUGGCUUCCUCCAGGUCGGCGUUGAAACAUAUGGUGGUGGUAUCUGGACUUCAUGGUUCGACCGCGACCUCAGUAUCGCCGGUCGUGUCCUAGUCAAGGAGGGCGACAACUUUGUUCAGAAGCUUAUCAAGGUCGACAAGCCCCUGUUGAGAAUCCCGACCCUAGCAAUCCACCUUCACCGACAGAGCAACUUCGAUCCUAACAAGGAGACGGAACUUUUCCCAAUUACAGGUCUUGCAGCUGCCGAGCUGAACAAGGGAGGAAAGAAGGAGAAGGAUGAGGAAAAGAAGGACGAGGGCGAAGAGAAGGCAGAGGAGGAAGACUUUAAGCCUCUCAAGGCCAUGACGGAACGACACCACCCCACCGUUCUUGACGUCAUUGCCUCUGAGGCUGGAGUCGAUGUCGCCUCUGUGGUGGACUUUGAGCUUGUGCUCUAUGAUACUCAAAAGUCGUGCAUUGGUGGUAUCAACGACGAAUUCAUCUUUUCCCCUCGCCUCGACAACCUUGGCAUGACCUACUGCUCAGUGGAGGGUCUUAUUGAGUCGGUCAAGGAGGAGGACGCUCUCGAGGACGACAACACCAUCCGAUUGACCGUCUGCUUUGAUCACGAAGAGAUUGGUUCGACCUCGGCACAGGGCGCCAACUCCAACCUGCUGCCAUCCGUUAUACGCCGUCUCUCCGUCCUCCCUGGAAACCGCGACACUGCCAGCGAGGGCAGCUAUGAAGCUGUCCACCACGAAGGUGAGGAGGCGACGGCAUACGAGCAGACGUUGUCGCGGUCAUUCCUCGUGUCGGCCGACAUGGCGCACUCUGUUCACCCCAACUAUGCUGGCAAAUACGAGGCGUCGCACCAGCCAGCCAUGAACGGCGGUACUGUGAUCAAGAUCAACGCCAACCAACGCUACGCCACCAACUCGCCCGGCAUCGUGCUCCUCCAGGAGUGCGCCCGCACAGCCGGUGUGCCCCUUCAGCUCUUUGUCGUGCGCAACGAUUCGCCAUGCGGAAGCACCAUCGGACCCGGCCUCGCUGCCAAGCUGGGCAUGCGAACGCUCGACCUUGGCAACCCGCAGCUCAGCAUGCACAGCAUUCGCGAGACGGGUGGUACUGCGGAUGUUGGCUACGGUAUCCGGCUGUUCAAGGAAUUCUUUGAGAAGUAUGGAUCUUUGGAGCCCAAGAUCCUUGUAGACUAA